GAGGAAUGCGUGUUCUGUAGCAGACCCCUCGACGCAGCACCUACCGUAAAACUCCGCCAAAAGGGUUGUGUCUCCAUCAACAAAGCAAGUGCUGAAAGAAAUACCCCAAUCAAUGUCAAGCCAGGCCAAGAUGUUCAUGUUGAGUGUAGAAGAGACUUUAUUCACAAGAGAAACAUGACUGUGACUACUGACUCAAAUAACAAUUUGAUUUCAACAAGAUUGACAAAUGAUUUUGAUUUCAAAAGUAAAUGCUUAUUUUGCUCAAGUUAUGCCAAGUUUGAAAACAGGAAACGGGGAUUAGAUGUAUUUCCGGUUCGUACACUUGAAUUCCAAAAAAACAUAAGGGAUGUCUGUUCAAGGCGUAAUGACAAUUGGUCUCGAGAGGUUUCUGAUCGGAUUUCACAAGUCAUUGAUCUUCCUGCUGCAGAUGCAGUGUAUCACCAACAAUGCAGUGUUAAUUUUAGGACUCUAAAACAAAUACCUAAAAAAUUCGAAAACUGCUGCAAAAGUCCAUGUAGAACAUCUUUAGGAAGGCCUGAAGCUACUGAUACAAAUGAAUCAUUUCAAACAGUUGUUGAAUUUAUCAAAGAAAAUGAAGGAUCUGUAGUCUCAAUGUCUGAACUUAUCCGUUUGAUGACAGAUCACUGUGGUGAUCGUGCAUAUUCGCAUAAACAUAUGAAAACAAAAUUGAUUGAACACUUUGGAGAGUCUAUAUGUAUAACAUCAUCUGGGAAUACGGAGACAAAAAUAACAUUGAAAAGAACAGCAUCUGCAAUAAUUGAUGACUUCUCAAAGAGUAUACAAGGAAUGACCGAGGCUGAUAAGAAAUCAUCACUUAUAAGUGCAGCUGCAAAAUUGAUCAAGACUGACAUAUAUGCUUUAGAAGCAGAAUCAACAAAGGCAUUUUAUCCAUCAUACUCAACAGUGUCAUCUACAUCAGAAAAUCAGGGGUUCUUACCAGAAAGCUUACAAUGUCUCUUGAAAGUAUUGUUCUCUGGCAGUGGGUCAGAAAAAAGAAUAGCAUCCAUAGGUCAGGCAAUGAUUCAGGCGGCAAGACCCAAAGGGAUUAUACCUCCAUUGCAAGUUGCACUUGGUAUUCAGCUGCACCAUCUGUUUGGUUCUAGAUAUCUUCUUGAUUUGUUGAAUACACUAGGAUUCUGCUCUUCAUAUUAUGAAGUCCAAAAAUUUGAAUCAAAUGCUGCUGUUACCCUCAACACAACGAUACCUUCGUUUUUACCCAGGCAAAUUUCUCCAGUUUGUUGCAGAUAAUGCUGACCAUAAUGUCAGAACUCUAGAUGGACUUGGGACAUUUCAUGGUAUGGGCAUAAUUGCAUGUACAUCACCUGGAUCAAGUGCUAGUCCGUCUAUUCCAAGAGGAAAAGUAUCACUGAGCGAUGUGACAGAACUAGGGAAAAUAAGCAUCAAGUACUUCAAAUACCCAGAUAGUGAAAUUACUGAACGAUUGUAUUUCCAGGAUAUCCAGUUCAGUGACAUGGAAGCGUGUGAUAGCAGGUUCGACUUGUUCUCAAAGAUUGUCUGGCCGUUGAACAUAGUACAGCCAAGCUGGUCAACAUUCAUGCAUCUUUUUAGUUCAACCGAGGAUGUUCAACACCCUAGCAAAUAUAGUGUUACAUUUCUACCAAUGAUCGACAUGAGCCCAAGUGACAUUUCCUGUAUUAAUACAACAUUGCACUUUGUCGCAGAUUUGUCAAAGAAAUAUGAUGUCACUCCUGUUUUGACAUUUGACCAGCCUUUAUUCCAGAAAGCAACAGAGGUCAUGCAUGCAUCUGAACCAAGGAGUCCACUGAAAAAAAUCGUGUUGAGACUGGGUGGCUUUCACACUGAAAUGAGCUUUCUUGGAACUAUAGGUUACAUUAUGUCUGGGUCGGGACUACAAGACGUACUCCAAAGCAUAUACGCCCCAAAUGCAGUGACACAUAUGUUGACCGGAAAGGCAGUUUCACGUGCAAUUAGAGGUCACUUCCUUGUUGAUACAGCUUUACAUACAUUGCUGUUGAACAAAGUUUACCCAUCUGCCAUACCAAGCGAAUUACUUGAACCAGACAGCAGAGAUGGAGUGAAAAACGUGACUGACUGUGAUAACAGCGACAAACCCAUGAGAAGCAUAUCAGAUGAAAAUGAACUCAAACCAAUAGGGGAUGCAACUGAUGAAAACAAAGACCAGUCUGAUGCAGAAACUGGUCAUGUUAAGAAUCAAAAUGUCCCAGACAAUUGUAGCAGUGAAUUGACCAGUUUAGUUGAACUAUAUGGAAAGCUCGAAAAUAAAACAAUUUCCAAGACUGAUGUAUGUGAACAUGAAGACUUGAAGAAUGUGUCCCAAAAACUUGAAGAUGCGAAGGAAGAGCUUCGACAAAAUAGAACAUCUGUUUUGUGGUUCCAGUACAUGAAAAUGAUAGAAAUUCUACAACACUUUAUUCGUGCUGAGAGGAUAGGUGAUUGGAAUGGACACUUGAAGGCCCUAAGAAUGAUGCUACCAUUCUUUGCUGCAUCUGGACAUUACCUUUACCUGAAAUCUGUCUAUGUGUACUUACAGAAAAUGAUGACGCUGCAAACUGAACACCCAGAUAUACAUCAACAUUUCAUGCAAGGCAAUCACACAGUGAGACGAACUGACAAGUAUUGGGGAGGUCUUUCCACUGACCUUAUGAUAGAGCAAGUGCUGAUGCGUUCACUGAAGACGACUGGAGGACUUACGAGGGGCAGGGGAAUAACAGAAUCUCAACGAGCAUUGUGGUUAAUGUCCAUGCCAGCAUGUGCUGAAAUGAACCAUGCUAUGCAAGAGUUCAGCGACACAAUUCAUGCCGGAAGUGAGCAACACAAAGAGUCAUCUCAAUCUCGGCGAAAGAGAGAUCAUGAAGAUGUCAAGAAGAUUUUGCAGUUCCUUCAAAAUCGAUCCCCAUACAAUGCAGAAGACCCAUCACUCCGAAACAUAGUUACUGGCGUUACAGCGGAUGAAAAAGCAAAUGUUGAUAGGGCUGUAGACAUAGGAAACAAAAUUGUGAACAAUAUGAAAGGACAUUCAGUCGAAGAGUAUGUCUACAAGAGGAAAUGUCAAGCUGUACAAUUAAGUGACACAGGUUCUUUCAAGAUUAACAACGAAAUUGUCAGUAUUGAUCCACAACUUCUUUUCCAGAGACUGAUUACUGUGGCCAACAGAUGUGAAGAAGACAUUGCUCACACAUUCAAGUACGAGUUGUGUUCUUACCCGUCCUCACUGUUUGAUAGCACUGGUCUUCCAAGAGCUCCACAGAAGUCUCAGUUAGCUGAUGCAAUUUGGAAACUGGUGGAUGGCACUACUCAUCAAGAAGUAGACAGUGAUCAGCGAAUGUAUGUGAUAGAUGGUGGGUCCUUGUUGCAAAAGAUUCCAUGGCAAAAAGAUGGCACAUUUGGAUCAAUUUGUGACCAAUACUACCAGUACCUGUUUCAGAAGUAUUCAAACACAACCGUUGUAUUUGAUGGUUACAAAAAUGGACCAUCGACGAAGGACAUCACCCAUGUACGUCGAAACAAUGGCAAUGUAGGUACGCCUGUGAGGUUUACACUUGAAACACCUUUCCGCUCAAGCAAGGAAUCAUUUUUGAAGAACUCUGAAAACAAACAAAGUUUCAUCAUCUUGCUUGGGACAUACCUUGAAGAGAGGAACAUUACGGUAAAAUAUGCAGAGAGUGAUGCAGACGGGCUGAUAGUUCAAACGGCACUACAGUAUGCAGAAACACAAACGACGUAUGUUAUUGGCGAAGAUACAGAUAUUCUUGUGCUUCUCUGUUUCCACGCACAGAACGAAUCGAAGGUGUUUUUUCGAUCUGAUACAAGGCAGUCAAAGGUUAAACCAAAUAGAGUGUGGGACAUUACAAAAACACAAGCAAAGCUCACAAUGUCUGUUUGCGAGUGUCUUCUGUUCUUGCACGCAUUUACCGGAUGUGACACUACAUCGCGAGUGUAUGGCAUCGGCAAAGCAACUGCCCUUAAACUGCUUAGACAUAACAUUGAGUUCCAAGAUGUCUGUAAAUGUUUCAUUACAAGUGCCUCAAAAGAAGAAGUUAUUCAACAUGGUGAGAGGGCAAUGAUAAUGCUUAUUGGUGGUGGUAGCACUGGUAAUCUUGAUACAUUAAGAUUUCAAAGAUUCAAUGCGAAGGUGACAGCAAAUACAACAUGUGUUCAGGUGCACACUCUACCGCCUACCUCCGCAGCAACAGUGUUCCACAGUCUUCGAGUGUAUCUACAAUGUCAAGUGUGGAUUGGCAAUACCAGUCUACAAGCUGAUGAGUGGGGCUGGCAAAUGAAGAAUGGCAUGUAUGUUCCGAUAAAGACCAACCUCCCGGCUGCUCCGGAACAGAUUCUAAAUGUUGUGCGAUGCAACUGCAAAACAAAUUGUGACAGCAAGCGAUGCACAUGUAGAAAGAAUGGACUGGAAUGUUCUUACAGCUGUGGCACGUGCAGGGGGAUCAGCUGCACAAACUCUAUCCAGAUUGACGAAUCGGUUGAUGAUAUGACAAUCUACACUGAAAAGUCGUAAUCAUACAAAUUAUUCAACAGAGAUUCUCAUAUCAGAAUUCGCGGGUUCGCAGACCUGUGCGGACAACUGCAGACUCUACAAUACGACUGCCAACCCGAGGUAAUAUGUGGAGGGAUACAGUUAUUACAAAACUUGAAGAACUACAGACACAGUUGAAAUACUUGUAUGCUGCGUAGCAGACAUUUAGAGCAGUUGUAUUUACUUAUUUGACUCAAGCGGAAUUAUUAAGGAAACUUGGUAUAAGAUUACUUCACAAUCUAACAUAAAAAGUACAACAUAAAAGAACCGUGUUUUCCGAGAGAAGUUAUAUCAGAAAUAGCAGCAAUUAUGUUAUAUAAUACCUAAAUAGAAGCAUAACUGUUGAAAUAUUUGAAGGGGUCUUUUCGUGUUUUGCUAAAGUGACAAAAUUAAAGAAAAUUGUUUCAGAUUCGCAAAUUUUUGUAAUAGUUAUGAAAAUUGUGAGGAAACCGCAAUACUGAACAUUUACCACGCUCCAUCAUAUGCAUCUUUUGACGGUUUAAAAACCUGAAAAUUAUAAAGCGUUGCAACGCGAAACGAUUUAAUAAUUUUGACAGUUCUGUUUGUGUUAUAGUUUGUGAUACUACGAUGAUUGCUUAUAUAAAGUAUAAAAUACAAAUUACUCAUUGUAUGAGCACGGAUGUCUGAGUGGUCUAUGCGAUAAACUUUUACUCCAGGGUCUGUGGUUUGAGCCUAGUUAAGAUUGUUUUUUCUCUCUUUAAUUUGAUUCUUGUGUUUUUACUGGAGUUUUUUAGUUUUAGAUCCAAUGUUAACAUUUAUCAAUAUUAAACAUUAAAUGACAAAUUUCAAUGCAUGCCAACAUCUGUGAAAAGGCACCUUUAAUGUAGGAUGCAAAUAAUUAUAUGGACCAAUUGUUGCAACGUUUUAAAUGGAAAAAGUUGAGAACAACGGCAAUUGACAACCCUUCUUCAAACAGACGGACUAACGGACGUACAGAUGGACCGACAGACAAACGGACAAAUGUCUGUGUUAGUUCUAAUACAAACUUCAUUUCGUGUCGGGGCUUUAUCUUAUGCAUUCAUAAUAUUUACGAAUACUGCAAAAUUUAUGUUUAUGUUUGCUUUAAAGUAUGUUGCGUGUACUUAUAUAAGAAUAUUCAUUGAAUAACAUGUUCGCAGUUUAAAUGUAUAAUCAUAUAUUGUUUAAUUCAUGUAACACGAUUGUUUUUAUCUGUGGGUAUUCUAUUAUGAAUAUUUUUUCUUGUGUUUCCCUUUAU